ACCAGGAGGCGGAGGUUGCAGUGAGCCAAGAUUGCGCAACUGUACUCCAGCCUGGGCGACAGAGGGAGACUCCGUCUGAAAAAAUACCACUUUACCUGCCUGGAGACUAUGGAGUUUAUUCUUCAUCAUUCUCACCCCAGGGCAAAAAGAUACAACUCUCCAUCCACGGCGGCAGGGCUGGGAUUCUGAGCGUGUCCUUACGAGCACUGCGCUCCGCUAAGGAUUGUGAAGAACUGGUCGCAAAUCCUCCUAAGCCACCAGCAUCUCCGUCUUCAGCUCACACCAGCCCCGAGCCCCAGCCUGCGGCCAGGGGACCACGCACGUCCCACCCAUCCAGCGACUCCCCAGCCGCUGCCCACUCUUCCUCACCCAUGGGGAACAGCAAAAGUGGGGCCCUGUCCAAGGAGAUCCUGGAGGAGCUGCAGCUGAACACCAAGUUCUCGGAGGAGGAGCUGUGCUCCUGGUACCAGUCCUUCCUGAAGGACUGUCCCACCGGCCGCAUCACCCAGCAGCAGUUCCAGAGCAUCUACGCCAAGUUCUUCCCCGACACCGACCCCAAGGCCUACGCCCAGCAUGUGUUCCGCAGCUUCGAUUCCAACCUCGACGGCACCCUGGACUUCAAGGAGUAUGUCAUCGCCCUGCACAUGACCACGGCGGGCAAGACCAACCAGAAGCUGGAGUGGGCCUUCUCCCUCUACGACGUGGACGGUAACGGGACCAUCAGCAAGAACGAAGUGCUGGAGAUCGUCAUGGCUAUUUUCAAAAUGAUCACUCCCGAGGACAUGAAGCUCCUUCCAGAUGAUGAAAACACGCCGGAAAAGCGAGCUGAGAAGAUCUGGAAGUACUUCGGAAAGAAUGAUGAUGAUAAACUUACGGAGAAAGAAUUCAUUGAGGGGACACUGGCCAAUAAGGAAAUUCUGCGACUGAUCCAGUUUGAGCCUCAAAAAGUGAAGGAAAAGAUAAAGAACGCCUGAUGCCAACUGUUCAGCUGUCCUCCCUCCAUCCACCACUCACACGAGACCCGUGAGCACCUGCACACACACACACAUGCAUACACACACGCACACGCACACAUCCACCCCAGGGCCAAGAGAAAGGCCUGCACACAAGCCCACGGCACAGCUCCCUGCCAAACUGAAGCAUCUGUAGUGACCCACUGGUUCCUUCUUCCUGGGUCUUCAGCAUCCCUCCCAUCAUGCCCAGUCCCACCCCUCCCUCUGCCUACCAGCCCAUGGCCCUGUGCUAAUCCCAGGAUUAGGCCAUAGAAGUCCUAAGUGUCACCCCACUGUAAGCUUCUUUGUGGAGUGCUGGGUAAGCAGUUUCCAAUAAAUGCAAGCUGAGCUGGG